AUGCCAGAGGUUGAAGUAGAAUCCGGCAACUCCAUGCCAGACACUGGCUUGUCAUCACCCGAUAAUUUUCUCUUCGGAAAAUACGAGCUCGGGAAGUUGCUCGGCUGUGGCGCCUUUGCGAAGGUCUAUCACGCAAGGAACGUUCGGACAGGACAGAGCGUGGCGAUUAAGUCUAUCAGUAAGCACAAGAUCAUCAAAGGGGGACUGGUUUCACACAUCAUACGGGAGAUAUCUAUCAUGCGCAGUCUAAACCACCCUCACAUCGUCAAGCUCUUUGAAGUACUCGCCACCAAGACCAAGAUCUACUUCGUGAUGGAGUUCGUCAAAGGCGGUGACCUUUUCUCCAAGGUUGCCAAGGGUCGUCUCAACGAAGACGUCAGUCGUGGUUACUUCCAGCAAUUGAUAUCCGCCGUCGGAUAUUGCCACUCCCAUGGAGUCUUUCACCGGGACCUGAAAUUAGAGAAUCUCCUACUGGAUGAUCACGGCAAUCUCAAAGUUUCGGACUUCGGCCUCAGCGCCGUGACGAACCAGAUUCAAAUGGACGGACUGUUACACACGAUCUGUGGUACGCCCGCGUACGUAGCACCCGAAAUCCUGGCCAAGAAAGGAUACGAUGGUGCGAAAGUGGACAUCUGGUCGUGCGGCAUCAUCCUCUACAUUUUGAACGCCGGCUACCUCCCAUUCAACGACCCAAGCCUGAUGGUGAUGUACCGGAAAAUCUAUAAAGGAGAGUUCCGGUGCCCUAAAUGGAUGUCUUCAGACCUGCGAAGACUCCUAGCGUGCCUCUUGGACACAAACCCGGAUACGAGGAUUACCGUUGAUGAGAUCCUGCGCGACCCUUGGUUCAGGAAGGGCUACAAAGAGAAAGAGGUAAAGUUCCACGAAGAAGAUUACGAGGAUGGAAGCGCUGCCACGUUCCUCAAUGCUUUCGAUAUCAUCUCGAUUUCUUCGCGUUUCGACUUGUCGGGUCUGUUUAGCAAUUCGGGCGACUUGGUGGUCAACCGGCUAUUCGCAUCAGCCGAGUCACCGGAGAAAAUAAUGGAGAAACUAGAGGAGGUAGGGAAGAAGGAGAACGUGACAGUGACGAGGAAGAAAAACUGGAGGGCAGUGUUGGAGGAGCAAAGCGGUAAUUUGAUGGUAAUAGUCGAGGUGUACCGGUUGACGGAAUUUUUGGUCAUGGUUGAGAUCAGGAGCAGGGGCUGUGAGGCGCGGUCCUACGAUGAGAUAUGGAAAAAGAAGAUUGGACCCCAGCUGAGCAGCUUCAUUUAUCAGCCAGCGACGCCGGUUUCCGAUAACUAG